GGAACUACGGCAAGCGGCUGGGUCCCGAGGAGCUGUGACUCAUCGUCAUUAAAGCGAAGUAACGGUGUAGAGCCAGGUGGAGACUCACGGCAGCUCCAGUCCUCCUGUCUGUCUCUCUGUCUGUGUGUUCAGCAGUAUGAGUGUCAGGUCUGCUGUGCACAGUGGGGGCGUGCUCGUCCUCCUGUCCUGCUGUUUGCUGUGUGUUUAUUCUCAGGUGGAUCAGCAGCCGCCGCCUGUCGUAGUGAGUGCAGCUCACAUAACGGGCCACGGUCACGGUCGCCUGGACAAAAACAUGGUGCAGGACAAAGACCACAUCAUGGAGCAUCUGGAGGGAGUGAUAGACAAACCGGAGACGGACAUGACACCCCAGGAGCUUCAGCUUCACUAUUUCAAGAUGCACGACUACGAUGGAAACAACCUCCUGGACGGGCUGGAGUUAGCCACAGCGAUCACACAUGUACACAGAGAGGAGAGAGGGGAAGACAGCCAGCCAAUGAAAGAGGAGGACCUCAUCACGCUCAUUGAUGAUGUUCUGAGGGACGAUGACAAAAACAAUGACGGUUACAUCGAUUACGCAGAGUUUGCGAAAUCACUGGAGUAAACUGUCUCCAUGUUUCCUCAUGUCAACAACAACAGCAAAGGAUCUGCAGAGAGGGUGUACGUAAACAGAGAAGCUGCACCGCUACGUGGAAGACCUUCGUUCAAUCUGCUCUCUCUCUCACACGGGCAAUCAAUCAGGAUUAUUGGUAAUUUAUCAUAGUUUUUUGAUAUUUUCUGAGCUUCUGACAUGUUUUUUUUCUUAGUUGGAAAUCAGGAGCAAAUUAGUUCCUUUCAUACCAGUAAUUUAAUAAGCAACAAAAAGGUGGAACACGUAAUUCCACUUUUUUUGAAAUGCACUCUUGGUGUAUGCUUAUAAUUACAUUUAAAAGGGCCAGUUCACCCAGUAUCAGUAACAAAUAUUUAUUGGAUAAUCUUAUUGUUUUGUUGAUCUGACCCUUGUAUAGUAGCACUGUUGAGUGUCUACGUGUGUCCUUCUUUUCAGUGGUGCUACUUUAAAUUCACUUGUAGCAUCUAAACUGAAUGUCAUCACUUUAAAUGAAUGAGUUUUUUUUCCAAACUGUGUUGUGUAGAUGGCGGACUUAAACUGACGCGCACUCCCUGUUUGGUACUCAACAAAAUGGACCAAACGAUUCGUCUGUGAAUCAAUUUCAUUCGCUGUUUGUGAUGAGGAUGAUGAGGCGAACAGGUCGUUCCCGUGACAACAGAAAGUGGCCUUAAUCAGAUUUUCAGUGAUGAUGUGUGUGUUUGUAGAGUAGAAAACCCUGUUGAGAUGAUGAGCUGACUUUUUGGUGAGGAUCCUGUUAGAUGCAGAUCAACAUGGAUGUGAAGGUCUCCAGCAGACUGACACACUGUGUCGCAUCAGCACCUCACGUUGAAGUGGUUCUUCAUCAUCCUCCUGUCGUCGCUCAGCUAGAAGAUCCUCAACAAUGACCUGUUGUCAUAAAGUGAAUGUAAAUCAGCACGUUACUGUGACGUGCUGGUUCUUUAUCACUGGAUAAGCAAAGACUUGAAACACACUGGUCGAUGCUGCUCCCACAGCAGCUUUUUUAAACUUCACAAGUUUCCAGCUCUGUUGCCGAAGAUAUAAGCUGCCUUUAAAAUAUACUGUAACUACGAUUGUGCCCAUUUAACAUGCGCCUGUUGUGGCAUUUCUACAGAAAGUAGAUGGGUCUAAUUUCCAAACUAACAAGGAAUCAUCAUGUGACAGCAAGUUCAGUUUAAAAUACACGGGUGGGGGGGGGGUCCUGAAAACAGCUUGUAAAAAACAUUUCACAAGCAACACUGCAGUUCCCAUGAUCCUCAUAAAUCCACCUCCUCAAUCAGAUCAGUCAAAACUCAAAAGAGGGAAGAAUGGACAGAAACAUCUGUGAUUUCUUCAUCAGUCUAAUUUUCAUGAAGAUUCAUUCUAUAUUUUUGCCAUCCAGUGUUGAUUCUUCAAUCAUCAGGUUGUUGAAUGAAAAUAUUUAAAACCCAAAGUGAAAGCAUAACAGAUGCAACUGUGUUGUCUCUGGAAUGUGAAAUAUUAAAAAUUAUAUAUAAUCCAA